AUGCGCAUUACGCGUUUCGUGAAUCAAAUGAAGUCUUACGGGGAAACUGUUUUGGAGCAGAAUGUUAUGUCAAAGAUCUUGCGUUCUUUAACGUCAAGAUUCAACAACAUUAUAAUGGCAAUCGUAGAGUCGAAGAACCUUUCGACAUUAAGCAAAGAUGAGCUUCAAAACUCUCUUAAGGCUCAUGAACAAAUGAUGGAUGAAAGAGGAAACGAUAAAGCUAAAGCGGAGAUUGCGUUGCAAGCACGAUUUAACGAGAAGAGUAAAAAAUUGAAAGAAAAAUGGCAUUCGAAAGGAAAGGAAAAUUUCAAGAAUUUUUGUGGAAAAUAUUCACAAAAUUCGAAGGGUUCGAUAGGGAAAAGAGGUGAGAGCAACUCCAAAGGUAGUGGUCAAGGCAACUACACCAAGAAAAUUCACAGGAGUAAUGUGAAGUGUUACAAUUGUCAUAGACUUGGCCAUUUCGCAAGAGAUUGUAAUGCAAAAUCAAAAGCGAUGAGGCUAAGGGAGGAGAAUUAUGAAAGUAAUAAGUUGUUGAAUAGCACCAGUAGCAGCUGCAAGUUGCUGGACAACAGCUGCAGCAAUUUGAAAAAUGCUGCAGAAACGCGUUCGAAGCAAAACAAAAUGCUUCGAGAAAAGUUGGAUAACAAGGGUGAGAUGAUGUUGCUCGUUGGUUAUCAUUCUACUGGAGGUCCUGUAAUUGGUUACCAGAAUGGUGUAAUCGAUUACGGGCACGAUUUUUUGUCUCUUGAAGCUGAUGGGACUGGUAUGAUAGAGGGCGUAAUCCGUAACAAGAAUCCUAUAAUCGGUUACGGCAACGAAAAUGCAGAAAAUCAGGUUGCAGGAGGUUCUGUACAACAACCUGUCGAAGCCGAAAUCGAGGAAAAUAGUAAACGACCAACUAGGAAAAGAGGUUUGCCUUAG